AUGGCGCCGGACGAUGGGGAUGCCCUGUUGAAAAAAGUACGAGCACAGCACAGAUCAGUAAGUUUUAUUACAGCAUCAGAACUAGUAAACAUCGACCUUGAAGAUGAAUCUCAUCGGAACGAAGAAAGUGAGCUCAAUGAAACGGUGAGAAAGCUGUUCUAUAACGAACUGAUGAUGUUUUCAAUUUUCAUAUAGUCCUGAAUGGGAAUCUUUUGUUUCCAGGAAAUUUUGCUCGCUGGAAUAUUGGUCAACGAAGCCAGACUUGGACGAAAUGGUUAUUUUCAGACCUCGCCAAAGGAACUAAGGUUCAGUUGUUUUUUGAAAUUCAUAUAAGAGAAUUAAUGACAGUCUUUACGGUUUACAUAUUUCACUGGCAUGUAAGUGACUGUAGCCUAAUAUGAUCUCGCAUUAAUAUAAGUAGUUUUUGCAGGAGAACUGCACAUGUCAUCGGCUUGGCCGUGGGGUCGACCCCGGGCCAACCAGUGUGAUUUUAAUAAACAAAACUAGAGAAACAACCAAUGUUCUUGCAGAACCGGAGAAAUCCUCUCGCUAUUGGACGUUGUGUUCCCUCAGCGCUCUGACUAAUCCAGCUAUGCCUACGGGUCAACCCUGGACAUAGCUACAGUCUUGGACAAAAUAAAUGGAAAAUUUAGACCCCCCUCUCCCAAAUCAAAGAUGGGAAAAUAGUGCGUUUUGCCCUUUGUGUGGCUUGAUUUCUGGGGGAUGGGAGUUUGCUGUUCUUUUUUAUUCUGUCCAAGACAGAUAAUCUGGACACUUUCUGGAGAGAUACAACAGUGUCAGUCUGUCAAUUACUGUAAGAAAAGUUGGACAGUUGACAAUUUAAACUUUAUUUAGUAUAAAAUCUUUCAUUCAGGGAACCUUGUUCCUUGGAAAUGCAAUUGAAAAGUGCUUUCUACUUUCUUUUCCUCCAAAAUAUGAGGAUUAAGCUUAUCAUAGUUAGCAACACUCAUUGGCAAGGAUUAGUUCUUCCUUCACCCCAUCUUCAUUCUGUAAAAAUUGUAUGAGAAUUCUAAAACAUGUAACAUUGUUGUUACUCUUCACCCCCUACCUCCUAUGCCUCACCUUCACCCCUCACCGCUACCCUCACCCCCAUACCCCUUACUCUUUACUCCCUACAUCCUACAAAUUACCCCCUCCCCCAGUUUAGACCUGCCGAAAUCAUGAUUGUGCUCAUUCCGAAGACCCCAUAGUGCAACUCAUUGGAUUUUGUGGAUAUGAUGCACUCAAUAAUGAUACGCGACGAUUAACAAAAGGCUGAACAGUACCUUGACCACCCACAAACUCUGCAACACCAAGAAAAAAAUGGAAAAAUAGACAUGUAUCAUUUUGUUUGCAUUUCUCAACCAUUGGUCAUGCUUAUGUUUUCUUCACUGGAUUUUUUUGUAGGCUUUACAAGGUGUAUAAUAAGCCAGUUUUUCGUGGUAUUGUGUAUUUCUGUGCAUGGUUACUUCUCUGUUUAGCAUUCUUUGAAGACCCAGCUGUCCCUGGCAUGGGGUUACCAUACUGGGUAAGUCAAGAUAUUAUUAAAUCCUAAAAUAUAGUAGGAAAAAAGCAAAAUAAGGCCAGGAACUUGGUCAAUGACCUUUUUCUCUGCCUGGACAGAGAGAUGGAAAUGAUAAUGAUGACGAUUUAACAAGGAGCUCUAUGAUUGACCAAUGGCAGUCCCCUUAUUGUGGCAACUAAAACAUGAGCAAAAAUGUCAUCAAAUGAGGCCUUUAUAAUAUAUUUUACCUUACUUUUGCAUUUAAUUAAGAAACCACCCGGGAGGUUUCCAUACCCCCUAGUGGAGUAACAACCUUCUCUCUCAAACUUGUUAUAGUAACUUUGUCUCUUGUUUUGUUAUUUAUUCAGAGUAACUGCCUAUAAUCUUUAAAAUAUUAAUUCCAGUGUAUCUUUAUUAUUUAUAGGCUACAAUGCUGCUGGAAUAUUUUUGCUUGUUUGUUUUCAUUCUACGUCUUUUCCAUGUCUGGUGUUUUGCUGCUGGUGUAAAAUUCUGGAGAGACAAGAAGAAUGUUAUUUUUUUAUCCAUCAUUGUGGUAAGAUUCUUACUGACCAAAAAGAAAACUUAUUUCAGAUAGUGCAUUGAUAAAGGGAUUGUAUGUGAUCCAGGUAACAAACAUGCAAAGUAAUGUCAAAUGGUAUUUUUAAACAAAAGAAAAUUAUUAACUUAGUGGCACGGGUAGACACCAAUACAAUAGCAACCACACCAAUCAUUUGAAGUAGAUUUCUUCAUCGUUUAAAUUUUUGUAGUAAGUGUUAUGGUACUGUUAGUUAUAUAGCAUAGAGGAGCCAUUUUUCAUGAAUUUAUGCCAAUAAACCAUUUAUUGGCUUUAUUAUUAUUUAUUAUCAUUAUGUUAUAAAGAUAAAAAAAGGAUAUAAGAUGUUCUUUCUUAAUUGAUUUGGUAAUGAGCCUGGGUUGUGUGAGCUGUUAAGAAAUUUCUCUUUGCCGGUGUUAAAAAACAUAGGUGUCAAAGUGUAGUGAAUGAGUGUCGUGAAUAUUUUUUAGCGUGAGAAUUAAGAGAAAUUUCAUAUCUCCAAGUGGCCAUGUAAUUUUCUGUUUAUUAUAUAAAUACCAAUGAAAUACCAAACCAUUUCACUUAAGAUUUUUUUGAAGACUGUGAAAGUUGCCAUUUAUUAUGUAGCCUAGCAAUGGCAAUCUUUUCAUGUGUGAGAUAACAAGUUAUUUUUAUGCAUGAAGAAAUCGGCUUCUUUCUGACACUUUUUUUUCUUUCAGCUCACAUUUCUUGACAUGAUUAUGUACAUCAUCUUCAAAGAGGCUGAACUCCCAGUUCACGCCGUAAGAUGGACUCGUGUGUUUCGUCCUCUUUUUCUUGUCAAUAUCAGCGAGGGGAGACAGGUGAAGAUUGUUAUAGCCUCUUCCAGGCAUUCAGAUAAUAGGCGGUGGUGGAAAGAAAGCAAGGAAAAAUAGAGAGGGACUGGGGAGAGUGGCAAGGGAACUCUCAACCUUUCCCCCAUUUUCAUUUUUUCAUGCCCCUUCUACUUUUUGCUGCUCCUUUCCUAUAGUGUAUGUAGUACUAAUAUUAUAUAUUGAUAGAGAUUCAGGUAAGAAAAAAGAUAGGUCAUCACUUCAAAUGGUCAGGCUUUCCAUGUUGAAAAUAUAAUAAUAUUAAAAAUAUACCUUUUUAUUUCAUAUUUUUAAAAAUAAGUACAGUCAACUCUCUCUAAGACGGACACCUUUGGAACCAGCACUAAGUGUCCAUCUUACAGAGGUGUCCGUCUUAUAGAGAGUCAAAUAAAAGGAGAAAAGAAAGGCAGGGACCAACUCUAAGUGUCCGUUUUACAGAGGUGUCCAUCUUAUAAAGGUGUCCAUUAAGAGAGAGUUGACUGUACGUGACUGUCUUCUGAUGUUCUUGAUCUCUUUCAGAUUAGAAGAGCUUUUAGAAACAUUAGGAAAACACUUCCAGAGAUUGCAAAUGUUCUUAUUUUGUUACUUCUUAUGAUUGCAUUGUUUACUUUGCUGGGAUGUAAGCUGUUUGGCAAAAGGUAUUUCAAAUCAUAGCGUUUUAUAUCUGUCAGCUGUUAUGAUUUGUAUGGAGUUGGUUUUUUGUGAGAGAUACAACUAGGCUCUAAUUGGGCAACAUUUUAGAUAAUUUUGUAAACAAAUUGUUCUACUUAGAAUGAUAGAUGUGUCCUUUCCCUCCAUUUGUAUUAUUUCUCUUAAAUGAUAAUAAUAAUAAUACUUAAAGUAAAAAAGUCUUCUUUUAAGAGGAGACCUCCAUCACUUAAAGUGGUUUUCAUGGGGGUCCUAUUAAAGAAAGUGCAGAAACAAAUAACUAAAAAAUCCUCUAGGAUAUAAAGUCUAAAAACAGUGAGUAGCAUAAAAAUUUAGAACUAUGAUAAAAGUAUAAAAAAAUUAACCUGAGACAAAUCACAUAAAAACUUAUUCAAAUUCCUUUUAAAAAUCGUGUCAGACAUUGGCCUUUUUAGUUCAUUUGCAAGAGGGCCCAAUCGUUUUUCACUCCUGGGUUCUUUUAUUUUUGCCUUUGAAUUUGUUUGUUUGUGUUUUUGGUUUGUUGUAGAAAUCUUAAAGACAUCCAUGGAAAGCCAUACUUUACAAACUACUUAGAUGUCUUUUUUUUGUUGUAUGUUCUGACAACUACAGCCAACAACCCAGAUGUUAUGUAAGUUUGAAAUAUUACUUACUAGUUACUUGUAAGUAUAGGGAAAUAGGCAUGGAAAAAGGCGAGGGGUGGGAAGGGUGAGGUUGGAAAGAGGGGUUGGGAUGGGAGGGGUGUGAUAUUGUAAUCCAUUUGCUUUGUUUACGUUCUGUACACGUAUCAAAAUGUUUUGCCAAAGAACGAGACCACUUUUAGUUCAAAAUCAUUCAACUAUCUCGCAAAACAGUGCAACGUGAAACCAAAAUUUAUAACGCACCUUUUUCCAUGCUAAUGUAAUCAAAAGCGCAUAACAUACUGUAGUUAUACGUUUACCACCCUUUUAUUUCAACACAAAUCUUCAUAGUAAAACUUGAGCACUGGAGGGCAGCCUGAGUAGUUAGCAGUUUCUUUGGCGAGAGGGAAAAAAAAAUCCGUGAAAACACGCCAACACAUGGGGACAAGUGUCAAGGUGUUUUCUCCCCAUUCUCCUCGCGCUUUUCCGCUCAUUUACGCACUCGGCAAUCAAAACGCCAUCUACGUAGGUGUCUACUUUCAGGUUACUGAGUAAAAUGUACUGUUCCAAACUCAUAAGCAAUGAAUUUGGAACGUGGUGUCCAGACGUUUGACAGGUGAAACAGGCCUAUAAAGUUGCUACAUUUUGAAAUGCGAAUUAUAGGAGAGAGAUCAAGUUUUCAUAAUAUUUAAGGCAAAAAAUAUCAAACCGGUCAUAAGAAAAGUCCAGUGAAAAUAACUUCGUUAUUUAUUUAUUUGAACAGGAUGCCUGCAUAUGACAACAAUCCCUGGUCCAGUUUGUUCUUUGUCAUUUUCAUAAUUGUCUGCAUGUAUAUAUUUGUCAGCAUUUUUCUGGCUGUUGUGUACAAGAACUACCGCAAGCAUUUAAAGGUAGAUUACCGUUAAGUUGUUCUAAAUAUUGUCUACUUUUCAGUUAUGGUGGAGUAUUAUUUUCUUCCCUUCCACGCGUUUACUUCUUCAAUCCCUUUUCUUUAUUCGUUUAGACUCCAGAAUGCCCAGUGCCAUUUCAGCUACGGUACUGAAAAAUAGGAAGCUUAAGCAACCAUAGACUUUCUCAAAGUCCUUCGCCUCUCAUUUCCGGUUCUGGUACUUUUUCCGCAGAAAACAUAAAAAAUCUAUCGCUCGCCUUUCGCGCUCGUAAAAAAAAAAUUGAGCUCGACUUGUACGCAUGUUUAAAGCAACCAUGAAGGCGACGGCAGCGAAAACGUCACUAUUAAGAAACCUUUGCGUUUUAUCAAAGUUUGUCGCGAUUAUUUCAGCUUUCUUGAAAUGCCAAAUAUACUACAGGUAAAUUUCGCUGAAACUGAAUUCUUGGGGACCGAACCCAAUAAUAGAAGGAGAGAUAGUGUAGACUGGGAGAAGUCUCUCUUUUUCAGAUUAGUGAGGGAAGUGCACGCGCUCGUCCCCGUGGUCAUUUGCGUGUCGCGCGCGUGUCGCUACACGGACUAAGAAAACACAGACACUGCUCGUAGUCUAGUGGUGGUGUGUUUGCUUCCUUCUGCUCCAUAAAACGUCCCGUGAGGGAGUUUCACGUUGUAGUCAUGGAGUGACGGCAAAGAAUUGUAUUUAAUAGAGUGUGCUGCACGUGCAAAGAUAUGUCGCCAUCGUCAUUGCUAGAGCUCCCUGUUGGCUACAUAGGCGGAUCCACGUAUUUUUGUUCGGGAGGCUCUAACUCUAACAGGCAGUGGAGAGCGGGGAAAAGGUUACAAGCGGAGCCAAAGUGCAAGAAAUGUGUAUUUCACGGCAUGGGGCACUGGUUUCAUUUGCCUACCUGCUGCGAUUUUUCCAGUUUCCCUCUGACAUGCAUGUCAGUAAUCCCCGGCAAAUUUUAUGGACGGUUUGCGUCGAGAAUGUUAAACCCCUAAGUUAUCUCGCUAGUUCCUUUGGACAUAAUUUUUGAAAGUAUACUGCAAACCAGUUGUACGUUUCUCUGCUGGGGCCGUAUGAAUGACAACAGCCCUUAGGGAUUGUGUUCCUCGUAUGCAUUACCCGAGAGAACCUCCGUGUUCGUCUGUCCAUAGGUAGACGAGAAGCCGGCGUUUUCAAAAAUUUUCCACUCUGGAGAGAAAAGAUGUGUUUUUGGUGACAGUUUUCAUCGGGUACAUGUCGACCAAACCGAAGAAAAAAUGUCCGUUUGUCAAUAAAAACUGAUAUGCCCGGCGCGCGUGAGGACGGGCCUCAGUUUUUAUUGAGAAAAAAGGAGUGCUGGCUGCACCAGUGUCCAGCAGGUCAUUGGCUCAUUUCUUCUUGGGAGAACUAAGAAUUUUUCUCAAUCGCCUGCUUCACUGACUAAAGCCGCUUUACGCUUGUUCUUAAUUUUCAAAUUCUUAUCUUUUUAGAAUGAAAUUCGGGCAUCAGUUUAUCGUAAACGCCGACAGCUCAAGCAGGCAUAUGAUAUGUUAAAAGUCUGGUGUGAUGAGAAAUGGGUGAUCACAGAGCAAAGGUGGCGAACACUCCUGCAAGAGGCUUGUCCGCAAUGGAGUCCUGCAAGAGUAGCCUUGUUAUGGCAAGUCCUUGACGACAAUAACGAUGGCAAGAUAGGUAUGUUGGAGUGGCGCUUUACCAAAAGGCCUACGUCGUUCCCAGAGCCUCACUGGAUGGGAGGAAGAGAGUCGCUGGGAACUGGUUGUCAAGGAGCGAUGUCUGUGGACUUCCUACAUGUAUUAGUGUAGAGCGUUUUCAUUCACGUGACCAGCAUCUUUGCAAAUGUUUAGGAACAAAAAAAUGUUUAGGAACAAAAAGAUGGUUUGGAAUACCAACAUGGCCGCGUGUCAUUGUUUUGGAACACCAAUAUGGCCGCCAUGACGUCAUGUGAAAACGCUAUAUAUUUAUUGUAAACAGUAAAUUGAUUUAGUAUCACGCCUUGGGUAAACGUCAUAUUUUUUUUUAACGUUUAUCGUUUGCGCUAACGUGUUUCUAAAUCUCUCCUUGCGCACAAAUGUGGCAAGAAGAAAGAAGUGGCGGCGAGUGAACCACUGAAUGACGUUCUUACCACAUUUUGACACCUUCUGUGAUCUGUUUUUUUUUUACAAUAUCAGAAACGAAAGAAAAAAAGAAAAAGAAAUACCUUUCAAGUUGAUGCUUGACUGUUGCCAAAUGUGUUUGAAAUUUUGGCUUUUUUCACGUCCAAAAAACACUUUUUGGUUCGGCUUUUGUUCUUUUUCUUACUUUUCAAAAAUUAUUCCUGAAUUAUCGCCAGUCCUUUGCUUACAAAUUCAAAUAUAUGAUAAAACAAUUAUUUUUCCAUUUCUCGUUUUAUAGGUAAAAAGGAUUUCCUUAUGGCGGCUGAUGUUAUGAAUGUUAAAGUCAUUGAAGUCAAAGAUCAAGUCACCCUACUGGAGAGGGUCAUUCCAAAAAUCUAUAAUUCCCGUGUUAGUGCGAAGAUUCGUGUUUGUAUUUGCCACAAGUAAGUUGAAAACGAUUGUACCGAACUGAAAUGACCUAUUACCUGGGUCUUUCAUUUCCUAUUAGUUCUAAAUCUGUGUUACGGCGUUUUCAAGUGCCGGGUUAUUUGUAAACAUGUCAGUAGUCGAAGCUCCGUAAAGGUGAUGUUACACGGGACGAUUCGGAACGACGAUUUUUAGUGCAUCACAGCGUUGCAAUGUUGGAACAAUGUUGUAAAUAUUCGAAACAGUGUUGCAACAAUAUUGCAACGCUUUGUUGAGGUAAAAAUAGUCGUUGUGAAUCGUCUCUAGCCAGCGUAGCAAGCGUUUCCGUUUGGUUUGGGAGCAAAUUAAAGAAAGACCGAGGUCGAGGAACGGGAUUCUCGGCUUUGGCCGGGCGAGAAAUGAAACGAGUGCCAAAACAUUUUUUGCGCGGUCUUUGACUCUCGUUCUUCGUUCUUUGCUCCUAAACCGCACAGAAACGCUUGCACGCAGGCUAAAUCGUCUCGUGGAACAUCUCACCUUUGUUUCUCGGUCACGGUGCGCGUAAAAGGGAACUUAAGCAACCACGGGGGUGACCGCGGCAGGGAAACCUUCACUUAAAAAAAGUGCAUUCGCGCUGUUUUGAACUUCAUCGCUUUUAUUCCACCUAGUUCAUUUUGUCAAAUGUUGGCGAAUUUUUUGGACUUAAAUUUCAGUUAAUUGAGGAAAAGAAAAACAAGAUCGUUAUCUUGUGUUCACAUACUCCACAACACUGCGUGAAAUUAGAAAAUUUUUGCUCGUCGUCGUGCAACGGUAGCAAAAAAUACGCAAUUCCAACGGUUGUUACUUUGCUAAUCUAAGCCUGUUGCUAUUUUGCUGUUAUCGUUGCCGUCGCCUUGGUGUAUCAAAAAAAUGGAACAGUGGCCAUGUUGGUGUACCAAGCCAAUACUGUGCGAGGUGAACCCGAGUACUCACGCCAGAAGGUACCGGUGCCGGAGCACAAGGUUGAGGUCUUGUACUUGGGCAGUAAAGUGCAGGGGCGUAGCCACGCCAUAGACCUGUACUCUGCCGCUUGCAAUAAAUUAUGCGUUGUUGGGGUGAGCUGAAAAGCUUAAGAAAUCAAAGUGUUGGUGAGGUCAGUGCGUACUUGUCAUGCGUGCAGUUUUCAGGAUAUGUGGAAAUGAAAGUCAGCCAGGCCUACAAAUAGUCGAAAAGCAGGCUACGUCCCUCGCCCUGAUGUGGGCUCUAGGGCAGUGGGUACCUGUGUGCACAUGUUUGGUAUCCCACUGCUGUGCAUACCAUACCCAUGACUCCCUGCUACGAUCAGUUUUCAAUGUGGCGUCUGUCAGGGCGAAAUGGAGAGGAUAUGUUCACAGUUACAUAUCGUGUUUCUGAGGUGUGGACACAACACUGUUUUGCGCUGGUACUAAGAUGCUAUUGCUAGUGAAUCAAGUGUGAACAGCAUCUUUAAUCUUCUCAACCUCUUCCUUAUAGCGCGGUGGCAUGAACACCCAUGCCUUAUUAGUGCAUACCUCUGAACUGUUUCCGCAAAUUUAAGGUGUUGCAUAACAAGACUGGUAGAUUAUGUAAAAAUUAAAUAAGGUAAUGAAUUAAAUAAGGUACUUAUUAAAUAAGGUACUGAACACUCAACGUGAUCAGUGCGUUAUCUGAUUAAAAUGUUGACAGGUAUACAAUGUAGAUGUUGAUGUGGUUUUUCAUUUCUUUCUUUUUGCUCAGGUAUUUUGUGUAUUUUUUUGACUUAGUAAUCUUUGCCAAUGCCAUUUUCAUCGCGCUGGAGCGAAACGAUGCGGAGGUUCUGUUCCUGGUUCUAUUCAAUAUAGAAAUAUUACUUAAGCUGUAUACUUAUGGCUUCAAGGAAUUCUUCUCUCGAUACUGGAACAUGUUAGUAUUCACUCACUUUUAAUCUGUUGUUUCAACUGAAUCUCCUGUGCUCAAAGUUACUAGUUUGUACUUUGUUUUUUCAGACUUCUCUUAGUCUCCUGGCCAGCAAAAUACACUUUAUCAUUUCCUUUAAUGGUCAAUAGAAAUUUUUAGAGUAGCGCUUUACGGCACUGGAACUGGGCAGAUGUGAAUUUAUACCACGUGACCAAGUUUUCCCUUACAUGUAACUUGUGCUUUCCUGUUCAUUAUUUCUACCCCCAAAUUAGUACCUUCACGUUAGUUUUGUCUUUAACAGUUGUUUUGGAUUGUUGUUAGUUGCACGUUUUCUCUUGAGAAAUUCUCAACUUGAAUCUAACGUUUGCUGCCUGCCGUAAACGUCACUCUAGAGUGACAAACACUUGAAAUAUAGUUAGCGAUUUUAUCUCCAUUUUGUUAAGUUAUUUAACGACUGUUCUAUAUUUUGUUCUUUCAGAUUUGAUUUUUUAGUCAUAGGCAGUGCAACAUUAGCCCUCAUUAUUGAAACUUCUUAUGAAUCGUGUAGGUGGAUUUCAUGUAACUGUGAUAUACUUGUAAUCAUUUAACACGAUAACUCAUUCAACUCCGUCUCAACUUACGACCUUUUGCAGCCUGUUUCACUGACCGCUUUUUCUUGCUACUUGACCCACAGUUUUGUGACUGAAAAAUCUAAAAUGAAAAAUUACUAUAUUAAGACUAAAAGGGAGAAAGACAGAAAAAACAAUAAGAAAUAAAGAAAGUUUGAUCCUCAAUCUCGAUAUAACCAUAUCUUUGACUCUCUAUUAGGUGGACACCACUCUAAUAUAAGACGGUCACUUGUACCAUUUCCAACUUAGAAAGUGUUGACUGUAUAUAUUUGUUAUUUCUCUUUUAAUAGUGCAAUCGAGUCAAGGCGUGUUGGAUUUUCUCAUGGUCCUUCGAGUUCUCAGAUUAGUCAAGAUCAUGGGUCAAAUCAAACGGUUUGUCGGAUUUCUUUUUAAAAAUCUCCAUCCGUCACAUGUAGUAAAUAUCUGACGCGUCUCAGUAAAGUCAAAUCCAACUUUUCACUUUUCAGUUCUUUUUAUCCAUACAUGACAUAAACCGUCUUGUUUUCGGAGGAUACAUUUUUCGUUAUGCUGCUCAACGUUUUUGAGGCCACCAGGUCCAAGUACUUUGUAUUUUGUCAAAAAGGAAUUUCUGCAAUUCUUCAAAAAUCCUAACUGCCAAUUUAUUUUUAUAAUGUUCAGACUUGGGAGUAGAGCUUGCCACACAAACUCUUCUUUCUUUUUUCCAAAAAAAAUUAGCCGUCUGCUAAAUUUGUUCUUUUCCGUCUAUUUUAUGAACAAACAUAAAAUGCUCACUCACAGUAGACACACGGCAACUGUGUCAGUGUGAUUGCACAGAAAGGAGUGCAAUUACAUAUUCUAGUUAUAUUUAUUGGAGAAGUUCGUUUAAAGAUUCUUCCUUAAGGUUUCAUUGAGUUUCAAGACACUCGAAAAUAAGGAAGGUACGCUAGGGCCUGUUGCUUUCAGCUUUCCGUGUUUGGUAGCCCGGUCAAACGCUCCCAUUUGUUUUUGAAAUAUAAUCAAACCUAGCCUGCAAACAUGCCCACAUAGUCCUCUGAAUGAUGGUUUUGUCAAGGUUAGGGACAAUGCUAUUCUCCUGUUUUAUUUUUUUAGUAUUUUUUUCAAACAAUAGGUGUAUUUUUUACUUAACUAAUAAUAAUGACCCGCUUGAUACGGACACUUUCUAUGGCCCCCUUCAAGGACCGUAUAAAAAGGGUUUGACUGUAUUACUUCUUCGUUUUUUCAUGUCACUUUUGGCCAGAUUUCAGGUCGUUGUUGGAACCGUCAUGCAGAUUGGCCCGGCAAUGGGCACGUAUGGUGCAAUUAUGUUCGUAAGUCUAAUAUCUGUGUAAAUUUUCUUUAAAAUUGAAACUUGGGUUGCUCGUUAAAAUAUGCUGCUUAAUGACGUCAUUUGGCCCUUUCGAAUUUUCCAACAAAACAUAUGUUAAACUGCUACGGAGAAAGAAGGUUUUAGGCCAUUCUCGUUUUACCUUUACCCGGUUCAAGUGCGCACCUUUUCACUCAUUUUCUUUGUUUGCUUCCACGUGGCAUGGAUGCGAUGACAGGUCCAAAAAAUAUAAUUUCUCGCCGCAGAAUUUGCGUGAAAACAUGACCAACAUGGCCGCCGUCACGUCAGCUGUAAACCAGCAAUUCGCCAUUUUAGAAAUGAGGAGGAAACUGGUCCAAGUAAAGACUUCUGGGAACGCUAUCGGAGACUGACGCACUGGUCAGCUAUUGGCCAUUUUUUCCUCUGUCCCCAGUAACAGUCUCAGUUGAUCCUGAAGUAGCCUGCAUAGCAAGCGCGGAGUUUCCGUUUGCUUUCGGAGCAAAGAAAGCCCGAGGAACGAGACUUUCGGUUUUGGCCGCACAAGACAUGGGACGAGAGCCAAAAAAUGAAACUGGGGGAGGAGGGGGAUGGUUAGGGUUACUUGCGCUAUUUUUCGCGCGGUGUUUGACUCUCGUUCCUCGUUCUUUUCUCCGAGGCCGCUCGGAAACGCUAUAGGCGUGUCUCCCUCUCGCGCGCUCGUUCUUUCUUUCGCUCACUACUUCCAAGCGCCUGCUACGCAGGCUAUUCAUUUUCAUGUUAGUGGUCGGCACCAGGCCUAGGGUUGAACCUAGCGAAAUGUUUGGACCCCUUAUUAAAAAUUCUGGACCCGCUCCGUUCUAAAAUGUAUUUCGUUUAUAUUAUUUGUAGGUCUUGUACUACAUGUAUGCCAUUCUGGGAAUGGAGUUAUUCGGUGGUUUGAUCAAAUCGGAAAGCAGUUACCCUUCAUCUGAUAGCAACGGAACGAGUGAAGAAAAUGAGUUCUGUGGCAAUAUCAAGUUAAAUGGUUCCGACUUUUAUGCGGAUCGCUAUUGUAAUAACAAUUUUAAUGACAUUCUGAGAUCGUUCAAGGUUCUGUUUGAUUUGAUGGUCGUAAAUCAAUGGCACAGUAUCCUUUGAAUCAAUUUGCUUUUGUUUAUUUUAGAUUAAACUUGAAUUUAUAGUUUGUUUCGUUAUUGAAUAGCGCAGCUCCAGGUACGUCGUCGCUGCUUCUGCGACGGAAAUAUUUAGAAAAAUUUUACGAAAUAUUUAGAGCUUUUUUGAGAAUGUUUGGAAACUUAUUAAGGUGGCUGAACACAGUUUUGCGGGCGGUCAGCGGUAACUCGCGUGACAGCGAGUGUUUUAACUUAGACAAACAAACAUGGCGGCGAAAAAGCAAUGGUACACAGAAGACGAUUUCUCAAAAUCUACGCAUUAAAAUUUUGCGAUAUUUGGCAGAAUUUUUACUUUUAUCAUAUUUUAAAUAAUGAGAACUUUAAAACGGAAUUUGAACAGACGAUUUUUGUGACAAAUUUAAUAAUUACUGUACAAUUGUAUUAUUGAUUAUCUGAAAACCCCUCUGUUAAAAUUUGGUCAAAUAAGUCUCAAAUGGUAAUUAUUAAUUAUAGUAAGCUGUGUGCAAGUUUAUAGGAAAAUCUAAUGAGUGAAUUUUCUGUAACCUAUUAAGCAAAAGUGAAAUUUUAAGGUAGUAUUCAAUCGUUCAUGUUGCCAUGGAAACAACGAAAAUGACAAAUUUUACCUGUCACUCAAAAUCUUUCAUCAAUAUAUUUUCCGCUUGCCAAGUUUCAGCUUGUGAGCAGCAACCCUUCUCUUGCCAUAAUUUGGCAAAUGACAUAUACUCAGAAAAUGCCAAAACUGAGUUCAGCCACCUUAAGAGGGUACACCUACACCCCAGCCCCCUCCUCAGGCGCUUCGUUUUUUGCAUCGUAGAGGCGAGCGCGAAACGCGAGUGACUGGUGAUGCACCGCUAGGGACCGUGAGAAAGGUACAGACUGCAGGCGAAGCACGUCUCGCCCGUUGUCUCCUUCCCGCCUUCCUUUGCGCGCACAUUUUCAUCGAGAGAGAGACGUCUGGGUACCAGGCAGUCCACACCCACUGCCAAGCGCGGUAAACAUAUGUAAAGCGCGGGAAAAUUUCGUUAUGGUCAUUUGAUCUCUGUAUAACCGUGUUUGUGUUCUUUAAUUCCUCUGUGACUUCACCAUUUUAAUUAUAUCUUUAACAUGCUUCCAGUUAUAACUCAAGGUUAUGUUCGUGUUACAAACAAGUUUGCGAGGAUUUAUUUCCUGUCAUUUCAUCUUUUCUGUGUUAUCGUGGUUCUCAAGUGAGUACUUGUUUUAGAUAUAGCCGUUGCUUGUCAACGUUGUAUUAUAAGCCGUCAAUUUUUGCCAAUUACUUGAUACCAACAGUUUUUGUUUUAACAGAAACGACACAAAAACCCUUUUUUGAGGUGCAACAGUUUGCAUAAGCUGUUGAGGCUGCCUCCAUUUACAGAUAAACCUGUAUUAAGCUGUCACCCCGGCGUGGGAAUGGCCAAAUGACCGUUUAAUGCAGGUUGAUGGUUAUUAUACAGGCUUAACAACCCUAGGAGCUUUAAUAAAAAAAAAUUAAGAUAAUAAAGCGAUAUAUCUAUCAUACGACAAAAUUUAAUUGACUUGAUAGUGUUUCUACUUCUUAUGGUGUCAAAAGAAAUGUAAGAGUAAGAGACCACUAAAGCCCCCCUGCAAACGGACGCAACAUUGUUGGCCAACAACUCCCAGCAUUGUUGGAUUUUACAUGUUGCGUCCGUCUGCAGACCCUGUUGCUUGUUGCUGCGUAUUGUUGGGAGUUGCUGCAUCCGUUUGCACACCACCACCAACACGGACACAACGACUCCCAACAUUGUUGGCCCACCAAUGUUGCGAGUUGUUGCACCCGUUCGCACACCACUACCAACACGGGCACAACAACUCCCAACAUUGUUCGCCCACCAAUGCUGGGAGUUGUUGCACCCGUUCGAACACCACUACCAACAAGGGCACAACAACUCCCAACAUUGUUGGCCCACCACUCGUUGGCACCUCGGAAAAAGUGACCACAACCGCUUAAUAGAGGUGACCACUUGAUACAGGUCAGUUUAAAAGUAAUCAAGGGAAACUAUUUUGGCUGUAAUUAGUUAAAAGAAACUAUUUUUCUUUGAUUUUCAGUAUAUUUGUGGCGUUCAUCUUAGAAGCGUUUAUGUUGGAAUAUUCAUUCACGCACGGCAAAAUAGAAACUGUGUUCAACAAAAAGAUACAAGAAAAAGGCAUAGGCGUGGGGAUGUAAGUAUUCUUUGUAAUAUACUAUUAUGUUUCACCACCCGCCACCAUACCAACGUCUGUAAAAUCCAGCGACUUUCGGGAGCUAUAUCUUCGUUCGUUUUCAAACUGAACCACUUUCAAAAGUUGGCGACUUUGCUGAUUUAAAGGUCAUGUUACACGAGACAAUUCGCAACAACGAUUUUUAGCGCAACACAGCGUUGCCACAUUAUCGCGACAUUGUUUCGAAUGGUUACAACAUUGCUGCAGCAUUGCAACCCUGUGGGGCGCUAAAAAUCGUCUUUGCGAAUCGUCCCGGGUAACAACGCCUUUUAAGGGCGUUCUUUCCAGGCGUGUUGACGGAUUUUCGCUAACUGGUCCCAGCAAAAAGGUGAAAAAAUAGACUGCGAGCAGCCUCUUAUUUUUCUUUGCAAAGUUACUGCACGCGAAACCUAAGACAUCGUGGUUUGCAAUCGCACUGGAUGAGAUAAGAACUGGACGGAUUUUAAGACAAAAGGCGGACUACAAGUAGUCUAGUGAAAAAACUGUGAAACGAUCUAUUGGAAGAUGCGUUUGCCCCUGGUUCUGUAAAAACUGAUUCAGCACGAUUUAAUCACCGGUUCUAGGUGCCCAGUGAAAGAUAGAGCGGCGUCGAUUCUUUCUCUCGACGACACCGAUGAGGUGAUAAAAGAUCAGGGAAGCAAUGGUUUUACGUCAGUAGAACACCUCGCACUGGACACCGGUUUAAGAUUCAAAAUGCCGAGCCAGCAGAAGAAAAAUGCCGACCUUCUUCUACAGGAGAUGUUUGAGGAUGAGCUGGAGGAAGAUGAUAUCGGACCAAAAGAUGUGGAAGACUUAGAUGAGCUUGAUGAAUCGGAAGAUAUCAUAGAGGCACAAUCCAAGAGGAGACUCACCUUUCAAACAGUUGACGCAGAGUAA